CUAUAGAAGCUACUAUGUGUUUCUGUGCAUAUGUCUGUGAAAGAGUAUGUUUAUCAAUGUAUAUGUCUGUUUCUGGGUAUCUAUGCAUAUGCACGUGUUUUCUACAUGUAUAUGUGUAUGGGAGGAGGCCCUUGUGCCUGUCCUCCCUUUCUUCCUUCCUCCCACCCCCCAGGCCUCUCUCCUCUGCCCCCAGGAGCCAAAGAGGGUUCAAACUGGGGCUGACCAUGAUGCUUUGCUGGACCCUCGCUGCAUUCCCUCCCACGAUGCUGCUAGUACAGGCCUUGCUGAGCUCAGGCCGGGGGGAGCUGGCGCCUCAGAUCGAUGGGCAGACAUGGGCAGAGAGGGCGCUGAGGGAGAAUGAACGCCAUGCCUUCACCUGCCAAGUGGAAGGUGGGCAUGACCCUCCGAGGCUGGCCUGGUACCUGGAUGGACAAUUACAGGAGGCCAACACGUCGAGGCUAUUGAGUGUGGGUGGGGAGGCCUUCACAGGCAGCACUAGCACUUUUACAAUCACGGCUCAGAGGGCUCAGCAUGAGCUGAACUGCUCCUUGCAGGAUCCAGACACCAGGAGGGUGGCCAAUGCCUCUGUCAUCCUUAAUGUGCAGUUCAAACCAGAGAUUGCCAAGGUUGGAGCCAAGUACCAAGAAGCCCAGGGCCCAGGGCUCUUGGUUGUCUUGUUUGCCCUGGUGCGUGCCAACCCACCUGCCAAUGUCACAUGGAUUGACCGGGAUGGACCAGUGACUGUCAACACUUCUGAUUUCCUGGUACUGGAUGCUCAGAGCUACCCCUGGCUCACCAACCACACUGUGCAGCUACAGCUCCACAGCCGGGCACAGAACCUCUCUGUGGUGGCCACCAAUGACGUGGGUGUCACUAGUUCUUCUCUCCCAGCCCCAGGGCUCCUGGCCACCCAGGUGGAAGUGCCGAUGCUGGGUAUUGUUGUGGCUGGAGCUCUUGCUCUGGGCACUCUGGUGGGCUUCAGCACUCUGGUGGCCUGCCUGGUCUGCAGGAAGGACAAAAAGACUACAGGCACCUCUCGGCACCCAUCUCUCCUCUCCAGUGACUCCAACAAUCUGAAACUCAACAAUGUGCGACUGCCCCGGGAAAACAUGUCCCUCCCUUCCAACCUGCAACUCAAUGAUCUCACUCCGGACUCCAGAGCCAAACCAGCUGAUGGACAGAUUCCACAGAACACCAGGAGGCCUGACAUCCUGGACCCUGAGAAUGGUGUCCUUUUCACCAGCCAAGCCCAACCAGGAAUAAAUGGAAGACAUAGGAAUUUGCUGAAGACAAAACCUGCCCUCCUUCUUCCCCUUCCAUCCACUGAUUCCCCGUAAGAAGGUGAUCCAGAACAGCAAUCUAAGCAUAAAAGAGAGACCACUGCUGAUUCUUAUACUGCUGCUUAGUGUCUUCUUGGGCAUUAAGGGAUGUCUGGAUGUCCACUCCUAGGGCAAUGCCCCCAAAUGCCUCAUGGUCCUAGGCAGAAUGAAUAUUUAUACAACAUCAAGAUGAUUUAAGAACACUUAAAAAGCAACCUACAAAUGACGGGAAAUUAAGAUCGUAUGGAAGAUAUUUUUUAAUAUUUUAUAAAAAUCUGUCAUAUUACUGCUUAGCACCAUGUUGAGUAAAUAGCAAGCGCUCAAUAAAAUGAUUGACUUCAUGUAUUUUUAUAUUUUCUCCCCAAACAUACUGUUAAGUUUAUUAAGGGCAGAGACUAUGUCUUCUGUUUUGGGAGAAUCUGUGGAGUGGCCCAGGUGGUCCCAAAACUUUUCAUUCUAGGGGGAAAGAGACUGGAUCUAUAAUUUCUCUGGA